AACGCUAUGGCCGUCUGAUGGCCGACAGCAUCACAGAGGAUCAGGGCAUCGCUGUCGACUGGCGCUACGAUGAGGGCAAUCUGAAUCAUGCUGAUGCGGAGGACGGUCGCUAUGUGAUUGUGAGCGGUCUCCGACCGGGCGAGACCGUCGCGGCGUAUCUGGUGGUGUUGAAUGGCUCGAUCAGUCUGUACACGACCGAGGUACCUGCUGCCGAUCGGUCUCAGCCGCCCGCUGACCACUACUCCGUCUCGGUUGGUGCCGCUCGCCGUGCGCUGCGGCCAUUCGGUCUCGACAGUGAUGUCAUCGACAGGGGGACGGUGGUGGGGUGAGGGGUGUCUUGAUAGGUGUUCCGGUAUGGUUGGUGCCUUUCAUAAGUUGGUGUGUGUGUGUGUCCGGUGACUGACGCACACAGAGUGACUUGAUUUUGCCCACUUCCCCGCCUCUCCGUCUGUCUGGCCGGCCCGCCCUUGCCUGCCUGUCUGUCGUCUUGUCUCCCGAUUCAUCCCAUCCGUGGCCUCUUUGCUUCACCGACCGACCGACCGGCAGCAAUGAGUGCGCCCACACUUGCCGCACUUUUGUGCAUUGCACACACCAAUACACUUGACACGCGGACAAAUAGGCUGACAACCGGGGAGAGAGAGGGAUGAUGGGUGUGUUACGCACACGCAGUGUGACACGUGCAGACGUUUACACUGUGUGUGCAUCAGGGUGGGGGGCACAUGUAUGUGAUCGAUCGACAUUGCAG